AUGGACGUCGGCGAGGGCUCCUCCCAGUCCAACCAUGCCCUCAGUAACCGUGAGGAGACCAUACAAUUAGGCCACACGGUGCUGCUCAAGAUCCCAAGCGGAGACAUUCGGACUGUAAAGCUUGAGGGGAAUGCGACAAUAUAUCUUGGGAAAUUCGGGUCUUUCCCUACCAGCGAGCUUGUCGGCCAGCCGUUCGGUCUAACAUAUGAGAUUGUCGACAAGAAACUGAAGGUGCUGCCUCCCCGCCCGAUGCAGGAAGUAGAGGACACGGAGGCGACGAACGAGCUGAUUCAUGACGGACAAUCCGUUCAGCCCUUGACACUUGAGGAGAUCGAGAGCCUAAAAAAGUCUGGGCUGCACGCAUCAGAAAUCAUCAAAAAGCAAAUAGAGCAGCAUGCGAACUAUUCUCUCAAGACGGAGUAUAGCAAGGAGAAGUACAAAAAGCGCAAGGAGAUGAAAUACUCCAAGUCUUUCUCGGUCAUCGAGCCAACAAUGUUCAAUGUAUGUGAGUACUGGUUCCACAAGGACCAAAACAGGCUCCGGGAUAUUCGGCCGGAUGCCCUCGCACAAAUACUCAACCUGGCUAACGUCCGACCUGGGGGGCGGUAUCUCGUGGUGGACGAUGCGUCAGGGGUGGUAGUAUCUGCGGUCUUGGACCGGCUUGGGGGACAAGGACGCUUGCUUACGAUAUGCGACGUCGACUCCCCUCCUGCGUACCCCGUCAUGACGCAAAUGAACUUUCGCAAGGAAGUCACGAGCAUCAUGUCCUCUCUCAACUGGGCUACGGCCGACGAGGAUUAUACUCCCAUCCUCGCGUCCACGGAGCCGCCCUCCGGAAAGUACAAGUCCGACGGCCAGCGCACAAGGCUAAAUAAGAGGAAGGUUGCCUCCGACCUUCUCAUGCAGACGCGGGAAGAGCUCUUCGCUGGAGAGUUCGACGGAUUAAUCGUAGCGACCGAGUACGAUCCGUACUCGAUAUUGGAGAAGCUGUUCCCCUACCUGGGUGGCUCAGCAUCUAUUGUCGUCCACAGCCCUUACGUUCAGGUCGUAACAAACCUUCAAAACCAACUCCGAGACAUCCCCGGAUACCUUGGGCCAGCGGUAACGGAAGGAUUCCUGCGCAAAUACCAGGUCCUACCUGGGCGCACACAUCCGAUGAUGAACGCGUCGGGGUCGGGCGGGUUCAUCCUGCACGUCAUCAAAAUUUACGAUGACGAGUCGGCGGUCUCCGUCAUGCAGCACCGGCACCGAAAGAAGGCGAAGCUGGGCAGCGAGGACGUGUCCGCGAGGGCUACCCCGACCGGGGGAGCAAAAGAAGAGGAGGCGCAGUCGGCGGGGGCGUCGAGCGCGACGCUGACGUCGAUCGUAGAUACGGAUGCUGGUGAGGUUGACAAGCGGACAUCGUAGGAGUGUCGUGGGAGAUGCAUUGAAAUUGUAUGAAUAUUGAUCUUCAGGCCGAGCGAAGGCGAGCGUGUCAUCCCAAAAUCAGUUCUUUAGCGCAGCGCUGAGAUUGAGCCGACGCGGCGGGUCUAUGCCAAAGGCUAACCAUCUCAUUUUUGUUUGUAAUUCAGUGCAAUCCUCCAUGUAUUCCAUCCCAAAC